AUGGCUUCUUCCAGCACGGCCGUUGUGCCCCCCAAGCGGGCCGUCACUGAUUAUCCCCUCAUUGACUCCGACCCGCAUCUGCGACGUGUAUUCGGAUAUGCUCGUCCUUCGGAUUAUGCUGUGGGUGCUGGCGCCGCCACCGUCUCUCCUAUUGCCUUCUGGGUUAUGGAGCGAGUGAGCCCGUCGCAUGUCGGUCGCGGCGGCUUUUCCCCCGUGAUGCGCCUUGCAACCGCCAUUGGUCUCAUCGGUGGACUUCACGUCUUCUACCAGCGAUCCUGUCAACGUUUCUACGGAUUCACCGAGAACACCCGGGAGAUUGAGAUGGACAUGAGGGAAAUGGUCGACAAAGUGAAGCAGGGACAGCCCCUGUACGGUGUCUCGAAGGUCUCCGAUUACAUCCAGGGUGUGGCUGCACGUAAUUCUCGAUACUCGGAACUGUUCAUCCACGUUCUUCCGUGGUUCAACAUCGUCAACCACGACCAGCACGGUGUUGACACGGCCAAGUACUACCAGCAAGCGGAGCGGGAGUUGGAAGCCGAGCGGGUCAAGACUGCAUGA